AUGCCACUCUAUGAACAACUACAUGCAUAUGUUCGAGGACGCCUUUGCUCGAAGUAUCCAAAUCGUUUUGAUUGUGAUGGACCUAUUCCAGCUCAUAUUCUCGGUAAUAUGUGGGCUCAAACAUGGCAUGAUCGUUUGGAUGAUGUUACUCCUUAUCCUGAUACUCCACUUGUUAAUAUAACUGAUGUAUUAAUUA